GGGGGCGCUAACGUGCGCAAACUCAGUUUACCAGCUGUGAACAAAGACAGACGAACAAGUACGGCUCUGCUUUGUUGUUGAAAAGCGCCAAGAAGAAGAAAAGCUGUAUCAAUAUGGCGGCAAAACAGUGUGCAAGUAGCGAUAUUGCUAGUGUCGAACGGGUUGUCAACAGAUGGAUUGUCGAUUAUAAUUUAUCUCUGGCGCUGGAAUUAUUCAAAAAACAGCAAUUUAAGGACUUUAAUGAAGUCAGGGACGUGCUAAGUGCUGUCAUGAAUCGCCCUGUAGAGGCCACCAGUGACAUGCCAUUGAAGAUAAGAAUUCUACAAUUCCUGGCACGGAUAAACGAUGGGGAAAAACUUGACUUAGGCUAUGAUCCGGAUAUGCCAGUAUCCCCAUUGGAAUCCGCUCUAUUGAUACUUGAGAGCAUGACGGAAGAUUUUGUAAUUCCGCAGCAAGAUUGUGAAUACGCUUUUCACUCUCUUAAAGUCAUGAUUGUAGCAACUUUUAUAAAAAAUGGCAAAUUUGACAAAGCAACAGAGAUGCUCAACAAGCACCUUAUGGAGCCAGCGGAUCGAGUGAGAAAUAUUUUAUUGGGUCUCAUCAGCCGGAAGAAUAAAACCAGCAAGAAUUUUUGCUUCCAGUUGUUCAGGCAAGAAAUGCUGGCCUUUGUCCAACGGCUUUGCUACUUUGACGUUCCCUUUUCCUUCAGGGCUGCACAAAAGCUUAUCGCUAUGAGAUUUGAGGUGGAAGGAAGUGAUGGAGCAGAUGAAAAUGAUGAGGAGGAAGAGAUCAUUCCACCCCUGAACCCACAAAGGGAUCCCGUCCCUUUAAAGCCAUGUAAACCCCCAAUCAUCCAAAGAUCCAGAUUAGAAGCAGCUUACAAGGCUCUUGCAGAAGAUGAAAAAACGUUUGUCCAAUUGGAGCAAGAAGUGGAGACAGAGAUCCAGGACGUAGGCGACCUUCAUCUUGAACUUCCAUCAGAUUCUGAGACUGAACAGAACGAUCUGUGUCAGAGAAAAGUAUGCAGUCCUAUGGAAGCAUCUCCAGCAGAGCAGCCUCCACAAACAAACGGAGGCCCUCAAGUUCAAGCCAGGCUGCUGUCGAAGCAGCACUACACCGUGGCGCGGUUGGUGACUGAGCCCGACAGUCAGUUUAGCUCGCAGUACUCAACUGCGCUGGAAGAGCUUGAAACUGAAGCGGGGACAAAGAAUCCACCAAAGACGCAAGAUGAGUGCCGUGAAAAAGAGCAGCAGUGCCCUGUUUCUGACGACGAAACUGUCAUCCUCACACCGAAGCGCCCCCGACGAAGCAAGAAAACUGCUGGAAGAGCUGCAGCCCGUGUGGUUGAGUCCUCCGACAGUGAAGAUAACUUGAAUAAGAAAGAAAUGCGAGAGGAGACUCCUCCGAGUCAUCCUAACCAAUCAAAUUCCAGAAACUCAGAGACAUCAGAGCAGGGUGCAUCCGGCCUUCAGGAUGAUUACAUCACACCGGAAAAGAGACCAGUAAAACGACGCUCUACCAGUUCCUCAAGGAAGAAAAGAAACUCAGAGACAUCAGAGCAGGGUGCAUCCGGCCUUCAGGAUGAUUACAUCACACCGGAAAAGAGACCAGUAAAACAACGCUCUACCAGUUCCUCAGGGAAGAAAAGAAGCUCAGGGACACCAAAGCAGAACCCAUCCGCCCUUCAGGAGGACUGCAUCACACCAGUAAAGAGACCAGAAAAACAACCUUCGACUGCUCCUUCAGAGAAGAAAAGCAAAACUGACCAUAACAUAACCCCUGAAAUUGUGGGGGAAACCUCCGUCACAGAGUCUUCUUUGGAAAGCCCCCCCACUACAUCCCCUCAGCAGUCUGUCCCUCAAAUGAGUUCCACCCCAGAACAGGCUUCCUCUAGUACUAAAUGGAAAUCCCUGUACAAAACAGCAAAGGAAGGUAAGGUCACAUGGACCAGCGAUGAGGUAGAUUUCCUUCAAAAGGAGACAAGAUGCAAUGAAAGCUUCAGGUCAAACUCGGGCCUUAAGAGGAGGUGGACCGAAGAAGAGACACAAAUGUUGAAGGAGGGGGUGAAGAAAUUCGGAGAGGGCAACUGGUGUAAGAUAAGAAGUUAUUACGGUUUCAAAGAAAGAACAAAUGUCAACCUGAAGGAUCGCUGGAGGACGAUGAAAAAUCAGAAAUUGGUCUAAGACUGAUAUACUUUUUUUUAUUGUUUUCUUUUCUUUAAAUCUUGACUUUGUUUUCUAUAUGUAUGAGAGAACUGUACUGACCCACAAAACUCAUGAAAUCCUUUGGUCAAAGAGUAGUUGGUAAUGUCAUGAAAAAUACAGUAAAUUCCUUCACUGCAGACGUGAAUGUGGAAACAGAAAUUUUAAUUACAGGAAGAGGUAUUUAUUAAAUUCAAACAGAACCUAUUUGUUUGAAAAUCUGUAGGAAAUGAUUCAAAAUAAAUCCACCGACUGCUGAAUAUCAA